AUGGCAACACAAACAGUGUUACCAAUAUUCUUCCUUAUCCUUAUAUCAUUUAUCUCACAUUCCGAAUCUUGUAAUGCAAUAGACAAAGAAGCAUUACUACAAUUCAAAACCAAAAUAAUCUCUGAUCCAUCGAAACUUUUGAAUUCUUGGACAUUUUCCUCUGAUUGUUGCAAUAAUUGGAAUGGUGUCACAUGUGAUUCCACCACAGGAAGGGUUGUUAGUUUAACUCUUUCUGGAACUGUCGACAACAUCGAUUUCCCUCUAGAUACAUAUUUAUCAGGAACAUUGUCACCUUAUCUUGGAAACUUAACAAAUCUCAAAGUUUUGAGCUUAAUAAAUUUGAAGGAAUUGAAUGGUCCAAUUCCUAAAGAGUUAAAUAAACUUUCCAAACUUGAGAAACUUUACCUUAAUGACAAUAAACUUUCUGGUAAUUUACCUUAUGAGAUUGGAUCUUUGAUUUCUCUCACAGAUUUUGGUUUAUCAAGAAACAAUUUUUCUGGUAGAAUUCCAUCUUCAAUUGGAAACUUGAAAUUUCUUACAAGUUUUGAUAUUCAUAAAAACAACUUUCGUGGUAGUAUUCCAACAAACAUUGGAAACCUUAAAAAUUUAAGGUAUUUAGAUUUGUCUGAUAACAAAAUUGGCGGGAAAAUUCCAGAAUCAAUUGGUGGACUUUCAAAUUUGGUUACAAUUGAUAUGAUGCAAAAUAGGUUUACAGGGAAUGUUCCCGUUUCUAUUGGUGGACUUAGUUCGUUGAACUUUUUGAGAAUAUCAGGAAAUUUGUUAAGUGGGGUUUUACCUUCUUCAAUUGGGAAUCUAAAGAACUUGAAAAGUUUGAAUCUUGGGAAUAAUAGGAUUAUUGGGAAUUUGCCUGAUUCAAUUGGGGGUUUGAGUAGUUUGGUUGAGUUGGUUGUUGCAAAUAACCAAUUUUCAGGGAAAAUUCCACCUAGUUUUGGUAAUUUGAAAAACUUGCAAAGUGUUGAGUUUUCGGGAAAUAGACUUAGAGGGAGAAUUCCUCUGAAUAUGGCUAAAAUGCCUUUAUCAGCUUUUCUGUCUAAUCGUAGAUUGUGUGGGUCACCACUUCCUCCUUGUAACCAUUUUUCAGUGUAUGUUUGA